GCCGCGGGGCGGAGCCGGCGGCCGGGGCGCUGCGACCGGGACCCGGACCGGGACCGGGACCGGGGCAGGGGGGCGGCCUGACGGACAGCAGCUCCGAGGUGUCGGACUGCAGCGCCUCGGAGGAGGCGAAGCUGAUGUCGCUGGAGCUCAGCGGCAGCGACAGCGAGUCCCCGGGGAGAGCCCCGCCGCCGCCGCCCUCGGCCGGGGAGGCCUCGCCGCUGCCCGAGGAGCCUUCGGCCGCAUCCAUGGCCAGCAGCCGCCUGCAGCUCAGCACCUCGCUCGCCUUCUCCGACCUCACCGAGGAACUGCUGGACGCCGGCACCGACGGGCUGCUCCGCGAGCUGGAGGACCUGCGCUCCGAGAACGACUAUCUGAAGGAUGAGAUUGAGGAGCUGCGCGCUGAGAUGCUGGAGAUGAGAGAUGUCUACAUGGAGGAGGACGUCUACCAGCUGCAGGAGCUGCGGCAGCAGCUGGACCAGGCCAGCAAGACGUGCCGCAUCCUGCAGUACCGCCUGCGCAAGGCCGAGCGGCGCAGCCUGCGUGUGGCACAGACUGGCCAGGUGGAUGGAGAGCUCAUCCACAGCCUGGAGCAGGAUGUCAAGGUGGCCAAGGAUGUCUCCGUGCGGCUCCACAAUGAGCUGGAGGUGGUGGAAAAGAAAAGGAUCAGGCUGGAGGAGGAGAACGAGGACCUGCGCCAGCGACUGAUUGAGACGGAGCUGGCCAAGCAAGUGGUACAGAAUGAGAUGGACAAGCUCCGAGAGAAUUCCCUGAAGAAAAGAGGGUCUCGCUCCAUUGGGAAGACCGAGAAGAAGCCGUCGGUGCAGGAGGACAGUGCAGAUCUAAAGUGCCAGCUGCACUUUGCCAAGGAGGAGUCAGCCCUGAUGUGCAAGAAGCUGACCAAGCUGGCCAAGGAGAACGAUGGCAUGAAGGAGGAGCUUCUGAAGUACAGAUCCCUCUAUGGGGACCUCGACAGCUCCCUGUCUGUGGAGGAGCUUGCUGACUCACCCCACUCACGCGAGGCUGAGCUCAAGGUCCACCUCAAGCUGGUGGAAGAAGAAGCCAACAUCCUCAGCCGCAGGAUUGUGGAGCUGGAGGUGGAGAACCGCGGCCUGCGGGCUGAGAUGGACGACAUGAAGGGCCAAGGGGACAGGGAGCUGCCAGGGCAGGAUCUGCGGUUCCUGGCUUGCACCUCAACCUGCGGGGAUGGAGGGGACACGGUGGCAGAGCUGCGGCGGCACCUGCAGUUUGUGGAGGAGGAGGCCGACCUGCUGCGCCGCUCAUUGCUGGAGCUGGAGGACCAGAACAAGCUCCUGCUGAACGAGCUCAACAAAUACAAGUCGGACCACGAGCUGGAUGUGACGCUGUCGGAGGACAGCUGCUCGGUGGUCAGCGAGCCAUCGCAGGAGGAGCUGGCCACGGCGAAGGUGCAGAUCAGCGAGCUGAGCGGCAAGGUGAAGAAGCUGCAGUACGAGAACAGGGUCCUGAUGUCCAAUGUGCAGCGCUGUGACCUGGCCUCCUGUCAGACCACCCGGCCCAUGCUGGAGACUGAUGCUGAGGCCGGUGACUCAGCGCAGUGUGUGCCCACUGCUGGCUGGAGGGACGAGCGUGGCAGUGAGGCUGAGGUGCAGGACAGGGUGCUGGAUGGCGGUUCAAGCAGCAAGCUGCUUAAGGCCAAGGACUUGGAGACCUUGCUGGGCAUCCGGGACCAAGCAGCUCUCGUCAGCAAAGCCAUUGACAUCUUGAUUUCAGAUGCCAAUGGCUUCACCUCCAGCUUGAAGGUGUGCCUGGACAACGAGUGCGUGGGGGGGCUGCUUGCUGAGGCCCUGGAUAACAGCAGCGAGAGCCCCAGCGACGCCAAGCUGAUGAAUGUGCUCCUCAUGAGGCUGGGUGUGCUGCAGCAGGACCUGGGCUGCUUCAUGCGGAAGGUGGACCUCCUCUCCAGCGGCCUCAAAGAGCACUCCGGCUCCUUCCACUUCUCCAGCAGCCACGAGGCCACCAAAGAGGGGCUGCAGAAGGAGCAUGGCUCUGACUUGCAGCAGCCUGAUUUUAGGGACGCCGACCCUUAUCGCAUCACCCACACCAAGGACACAGACCCCACACAUUCCCGGAGCUACAAAACCUGCCGACCUGACGAGAACGACUCCUAUGCCACCGAGAUGAAGGAGCUGCAGCUGGUGCUGUCAGAAGCCAAUGAGAGCCUGAGGGGGCUGCAGGAGCAGCUCUCGCAGGAGAGGCAGUUGCGGAAGGACGAGGUGGACAACUUCUCACAGAAGAUCUGCCAGCUGAAGGAGGACCACCAGAAAGCCCUGCUGCGGCGUGAGUUUGAACUGCAGAGCCUCAACCUGCAGAGGAGGCUGGAGCAGAAGUUCUGGAGCCAGGAGAAGAACCUGCUGGUGCAGGAGUCGCAGCAGUUCAGGCAGAGCUUCCUUCUGCUCUUCAUGAAGCUCAAGUGGUUCCUCAAGUGCUGGCGCCAGGGCAAGACGGUGCACAGCGAGGGCGAUGACUUCCUGGAGGUGAACAGCAUGAAGGAGCUGUACAUGCUACUGGAAGAGGAGGAGCUCACCCCGCAGCAGCAGGCAGAUAACAGGACCUGUUCUGGGGAUGCCUGGACUCCCAACACGCCCAACGAGUGCAUUAAGACGCUGGCGGACAUGAAGGUCACCCUGAAGGAGCUGUGCACGGAGCUGAGGGAGGAGCGGCGUGGUGCAGGCGAGCUGCAGCAGCAGUUCACCAAGGCCAAAGCUGCCUGGGAGAUGGAGCGUGCUGAGCUCAAGUGCCACAUUGCCCAGCUGGAGGCAAAAGCAGGCAAAGGCAUCACGGAGCGGACACUACCAGACUGGAAGGUAGCAUUGAAGAGGGAGCGCGAAGAGCAUCAGCAUCUCCUGGCUGAAUCCUACAGUGCCGUCAUGGACCUGACCAAGCAGCUGCAGAUCAGUGAAAAGAACUGGAAACAGGAGAAGGUGGAGCUGCUGGCCCGCUUCAAGGAAGAGCAGCAGCAGGCAGAGCAGCAAGCGAAGGACCUGCAGAACAAACUCAACCAGUUGCAGAAAGGAGCCAACCCGUGGGCUCUGAAGCACUCCGAAAUGGAGAAGCAUGGCAGCAACUGGAAAGAGGCUCUGAAUGAAAAAAUCACAGACAAAGAGACAAUCUCUGAAGAAGACGCCAAGGGAACCAACUUAAAAAGGACCAAGUCCGUUUCCUCCAUGUCAGAGUUUGAAAGCUUGCUCGACUGUUCUCCCUACCUCUCUGGAAAGACUGUGCCUGGGCUGGGUGACCAUUCCCGAGGCAAAAAGUCAUCUGCAGCCUCCCAGCUGCUGCCCAACGGGAUCCGGGACAGCACCGGCCUUCCUCCCCCAAACUGUACCUAUGUGAAUAUCGAGCAACCCGUCUCCGACAGCCUGGCCAAGGAGAAGCUGGGCAUCUCCUCCUGGGACUAUUCACGGGCCAGCAGCCUCUCAGGGCAUGACCCAGCCCAGAAGCAGAUGCAGAGGAGCUAUACAGCACCUGACAAGACAGGGAUCCGCAUCUACUACAGCCCACCUGUGGUGCGGCGCCUGGAGGCAGCUGUGGUGCACAACAAGGAGGGGAAGAUCAUGAUUGAGCCUGGCUUCUUGUUCACCAUGGCCAAGCCCAAGGAGCCUGAAGAGUCAGCCAGGGCAGAGAGCACGUACAGCCAGUGGUUGUGCAACUUCUCCAAGCAGCAGCGAGAGCUGCUUGAUAGCAGCACAGGGGAGAGCACGGUGCCACCAGUGCCCCGCUUCCCCCCCUCACUGCACGACCUGGAGAUCUCUGGCAAUAUGAGUGAUGACAUGAAGGAGAUCACCAACUGCGUGCGACAGGCCAUCCGCUCCAGCUCUCUGGAGAGGAAAGUGAAGAGCACCUCGAGCCAGACCGUGGGGCUGGCCCACGUGGGGACACAGACCACACAGACAGUGAGCGUGGGCCUGCAGACAGACCUGCCACGUGGCAGCCUGCACGGCAAGAGCUGGUCCCCGCGCAGCUCCUCGCUCGUCUCGGUGCGUGGCAAACAGAUCUCCACCUCCCUGGACAAGGUGCACGCCAGGAUCGAGCGGCCCUGCUGUUCACCCAAGUACGGCUCACCAAAGCUGCAGCGGAGAUCUUCCUCCAAGCUGGAUGCCUCCAAGGACAGGAGCCUUUGGAACCUGCACCAGGGCAAGCAGAAUGGCUCCGCCUGGGCCCGCUCCACCACCACCCGUGACAGCCCCGUCCUCAGCAACAUUAACGAUGGCCUGUCCAGCCUCUUCAGUGUGGUGGAGCACGCGGGCAGCACCGAGUCCAUCUGGAAGCCGGGCUGCCCUGAGGGCAGCAGGGCCAAGGCUGAGGCUCCCAAGUACGGCCUGGUGCAGGAGUUCUUCAGGAAUGUUUGUGGGCGGGCGCAGAGCCCCACAGCCCCCCCAGAGAAGAAGGAUGCUGGUGGAGGGGAGGAGGGCUCCAAGAAGACCGAGCAUUCCAGCCUGACUUCCUACCACCCCACCGAGAGCACCUCCCGCAUCCUGAGCAAAAAAGUCCUCAAGCAAAGCAGCUGCGAGGACCCCAAGCUGAUAUCCCCUGGCCAAGGGAGCAAAGAGGCAUUCCCCCGGGACCCUGACUUCAUCUCAGCCAUGGCCAACGAGGACAUGGCAUGCGACUGCAGCUCACAGUCCCUCACCUCCUGCUUUGCCCGGCCAUCCCGCUCCGCCGCCCGCCACUCGCCCUCCAAGUGCAGGCUGCACCCCAUAGACAUCCCCAGGGCGGAGGAGAAGCCCGGGCCGCUGAGUGAGUGAGGACUGAGAUGGGGCACGCAGCCUGGCCUGCUUCCCACUCUCCUUCCCCAAGAAAGCCCACGGGGCCCCUCUUGGGGAUGCAUCUGUCUCCUGACCAUCCCCUCUCUUGUGGGGGUGCUUAGGAAGCAGAUGGUGAAGGGCGCCGGGCGGCGGAGGCUGCCGGCAGCAGUGGGGCAUCCCACCAGGGUGGCCGUGGCACGGGCAGGAUGGGAAGCACCGGGGUCCCUGCCAUGGUCCUAUGAGUGGGACAGCUGCUAUGUGAGGCGGUGGCUGUGAUGCUGCUGGUCCGGGGAGGGGUGAAGCACAGCAGGGGUUGGAUUUGACAGAUGGAUCCGCCCCAUGGCCAAUGCUGGGUGCAUCCCUGCCAGCUCUGCUUGCAGCGUGGUUGCAUCAGCCUUGUGAAGGAGGAAGGCGGGGGGGUCCCUGGGCUGGGCGGUGUGCGGAGGCGUUCCCAUCCGGCUCCUGGGACGGGUGCUGGAUGCACGUGUGUGGGACCCCCCCCCCACUGCAGCCUCAGCCCCGCUGAGCCCCCACCUCCCUGCCUGGGGCCACUUGUAGUUAUUUGUUCUUCCAAGUGCUGAAUUUCCAUAUUCCUCGCUCUGUUUUUGUUUUUUAAUUCCUCCAUCUGCUUUUGGCUCUACCCAAUUCCGAACAGCCUGCAAUGUAAAACCAAGUGCAAUUUAAACCAAACGUACCGAAAUGAGCUAAAUUGGAGAUGUACCAAUUGGAUUAAGAGAUUGUGGGCUGGGAGGCUGCAUUGUGGUUCCGCAGCUUCCACUGCCCAGAGGUUGGGUCAUCACCAUGGGGAAAAGCCUUAUCCAGGGAGGGGGGAGAGCAGCAUCCUGGCAGUGUUGGUGCCGGGCAAGAAGGGAGAUUUCCGAGGUGGCUGCUUGACCUAUUUUUGAGCUGCGUGUCAGAGGCUGGGCAGGGAUUUGCACAGAUGGAACUGCCUGCAGGUGCCUCUGCCUACUGGAGCUGCAGGCAUUGCUUGGAGGGGCUCUGGGCAUUGCUCCAGAGCCUCUGUGCAUUGUUCUGAGCCUGUGUAUGUUGCCCCAUGGGCCCUGUGCAUGGCCCCAAGAGUGCCGUGCAUUGAGGCUCUGUACGAUGCUCCAGGGGUUCUGUGCAUGGUCCCGAGGGCUCUGCACAUGGCUCCAGGGCUGUGUGCAAUGCCCUGGGGCACUGUGCAUUGCUUUAGGGGCCAUGUACACUGUUUUGGGGGCUCUGUACACAGCUCCAGAGACCUCUGCAUUGCUCAGGGGCUGUGUACGGUGCUCUGGGGGCUCUGCACAUUACCCUUGGGGCUCUCUACCCCGCUCCAGAGCCUGUGGGCGUUGUUCUCGUGUUGUGUACAUCGCCGCAGGGGCUCUGUGCGCUGCUGUCAUCUCGCAGCCACGCUCAGAAACUGCUCCUUGUGCCGCAGCUGCUGCCCCCUCCCGUCCAGCCGCACACUGCCCGCAGCAGGACGGCUGCAUCACUGCCACGUCGCAGCCUCCGUCAGCAUCUCCGCGAUGGCUGCUCACUGCCUGUGUCUCCGGACACACCAGCAUGAGCCAGGGCCAGGCGGCCCAGCACUGAUGGCCUUUCACUCCGAGGGCACCUGGCCGGCCCCACGAGGUCCUUGUCACCCAGCCGUGGGGCAGGCAUUGCCCCCAGCACCAGCAGCCAAGGCCAGGCAGCAUCCCUGCCUGCCACCCUCACGUCCCCGGCACUGCCGCCGGCAUUCUCCUGCUGUACAUAGAUCCUUUCGGGGUGGUUUUUAGCAUUUUCCUUGAAAACUAGGCUUUGUUUUGGUUUUUUAAAGACUCUACUUUUGGAA